CCCGAGAGAGAGAGAGAGAGAAGGGGUUGGAGGUUUUUUUCCUUCACUACAGUGUCAGGACAACAUCGCGGCCAGUUUAAGCUGACCCAUCCAAACCCAUCUCUACUAUUCCGAUCCAAUUUGUGGAAUAGGAGUGAAAAUUAGGGUUUUUGGAUGACCAUUUAAAACGUUCUGGUCUGUGAUACAGUAAUCGUUUCCACAGAGGAAGAUCUCCUCAAUUAGGGUUUUUGGGUGAAUUGCUUCUCCAAUCUCAUUCAUUCAUUUCCAAUCAUUGCUUCAACAAUUGCACUAACAGAGUCAAUUUGAAUCAGCCCAGGUGAUCAAUUUCUCAUCUCAAUUCUUUUUUACCCCAAAAAAUGAACGAACCAACAGUUGAAGUUCCACCGCAGCCUCCGGCUGCCGCCGACACUACUGCCCUGGCGGCUCCUCCCCUGCCUCACCGCCGUCCGAGGGUGAGGGAAGUGAGCUCCCGGUUCAUGUCUCCAUCGGUUUCCUCUUCUCACUCUUCUUCUUCCGGCGAUCCCCAUCUUGUGCCGGCAAGAUCGCCCCAUUCCAAGCACGUCGCCUCAACUCCUAAUCCUACAGAGUUGCAGGGAAGGCGGCACCAGCAGCGGUCCAAAUCCGUGCAGAGGUCUCGUCAAGAAGCCGACCCCUUAUCGCGUGCCGAUGAGAACAUACCGGAGACGAUCCGGAGCUUGGAAACCCCAUUGGGGUUACACAGUAAAGGAUUGGUGUCUGUACAGAGGAAGCCCUCUGCUUCUGUGAAGCUUUUCAAGGAGAAUGGAGGGGGCAGAGCAGAGCAGUCACAUUCAUCGGAUUUUUCACAAUCAAAAGGCCUUGUGAGUGGCAAAUGUUCACUGAGAAGUGGAAAUUUGAUUCCCUCAAGGCCUGAUACCCCAACUGUGACUGGUGGGGACAGGGUCAUUCAGUCGAGAUUCCGGCUUCAGCGUCCGGCCAAUUCCGGCGGAGGCACCCCUGCUGUCACAGCAGCAGCAAAGCUGUUGCAGUCAAGUGGGUUGUCAUUGUCUGCUCAACCCUCCAAUUGGGAUUCAUCCCAAGAAGCCAAUUCCAAUUCUGUGAACACUUCUUCAGGGGAUGAUGACAAAGUGGUUUCACAAAGCCAUGCUACAAUUCCAUUAUCAAAUGAUUCAAAUUCGUGCAAUGGUUCUCCGGUCCAAAACUGCAAGACGCGGGCUCUUCCAGACGUGCGCUGUUCUAUGCCAGAGGUGGAUAUGCUGCCUACUGUGUCCACCAGAUUGCUUGCAGAUAGAGGUUGCAGCAGUGGGAAUGUCAAUGGCAGCGAUACUUCGAAAUUCACUGUUUCUCCUUGCUCUCGUUCUCUGAAUUGUGAACAAUCCUCCCUUUUCUAUUCACUCAAGACCAAUGAGAAAUCGACAUCUAUGACCUACAAACCCUGUUCAAAUUCUGUAAAGAUGGGAAGCCUUUGUCUGCCACCAGUCCCACCCUGUAUGAAAUUGGGAGCAGAUGCAAAGAAGGGAAGGAAGGGUUUCAGUAAUCAAGAAGAAAUCCAUUAUCUAAAGUUGCUUCAUAACCGUUAUAUGCAGUGGAGAUAUGCAAAUGCGAAAGCAGAGGUCUCCUUGCAUGCUCAGAGAAGGGAAGCCGAGAGAAAACUUUAUUCUCUAGCAGUCAAGAUAUCAGAUUUACGUAACACUGUGGAAGGGAAACGCAUUGAACUUGGGAUGUUGCAAAGAGCAAAAACUCUGUUCACAAUUCUUGAAGCUCAUAUGCCAUAUCUUGAUGAAUGGUUUGCUUUGGAAGAGGAGUUCUCAACUUCUUUGUCAGGAGCAAGUGAUGCUUUGCUCAAUGCCUCUCUCCAACUUCCAGUCAGUGGGAAUGUCCAAGUUGAUAUAAGAGAGGUGGGGGAGGCUCUGCAUUCAGCAGCAAAGGUGAUGGAGACAAUCGGUCUUCAUGUUCAAAUCUUUAUGCUAAAGGCCGAAGAACUGGAUAAUUUGAUAACAGAAGUAGCCAGGGUUAGUGGUGGAGAAAGAGCUCUUGUUGAAGAAUGUGGAGAUUUGUUGUUCAAGACUAAUAAAUCACAGGUGGAAGAGUGCAGCUUAAGGGGACAUUUAAUUCAAUUACAAAGGAGCAACCAUGGUCAACCUCAGGAAGGAUGAAAAACUUUGAUGACAUGACAAGCAAUUGAGCACCUUAUUUUUUAUUUUUUGUUGAUCAAUUUUUUUGUUGAUAAGUUUUUUUUUUUUUUUUUUUUUAAAUCCCUUGGCACCAAAGGAAGUGAGUAAUCAAUUUUCAUGUUUGUUGUAAUGCAUGGAAUAAGAAAAUAUUAUACAUAUGAAUUGAGAGCAGCAUUGAGAUGUAGCUUCUCUUCUGAGUCAUGUAAGCUUGAUCCAUAUGCAAUGUGAUUUUUUGCAACUCAAAAAUGUUCGAGUCUACGUUUGUACUUCGAGCUGCUUAUUCUUAAGAGUAACG